UACGCUUGUUAGAAAACAAAAGGGUUUCAGAAUUGAGUGAACGAGAAGAGAAGCGAGAAAUGCCUUGCCUCAACCUCUCUACCAACGUCAACCUCGACGGUGUUGACACCUCUUCCAUUCUCUCUGAAGCCAGCUCCACCGUCGCCAAGCUCAUCGGCAAACCUGAGUCUUAUGUGAUGAUUGUAUUGAAAGGAUCGAUUCCCAUAUCUUUUGGUGGGACUGAGCAGCCUGCAGCCUAUGGGGAACUGGUGUCCAUUGGUGGUCUUAACCCUGAUGUGAAUAAGAAACUUAGUGCUGCAAUUGCAUCAAUUCUCGAAACCAAAAUAUCUGUGCCCAAAUCACGAUUCUUCUUGAAAUUCUAUGAUACAAAGGGUUCAAACUUUGGAUGGAAUGGGUCUACGUUCUAAACUCCAUUUUAAUGGUUGUGGUGCCUUGAUACUGAAUGCGAUGUUUGUUCUGUUUCCCACCACUGUUAUGACUAUGAAUGAUGUUAUGUUACGAAUAUCUUUUUAGCUGGUACAAUGGGCACUUGAUUAGCUGUUUGGAACAAUGUGGAUCCUUUCCUUUUAAAGAGACUUCCAGUGAUGGAACCUACAUCAUUUUGUUAUUAUCACGUGGUUGAUAUGUUUCAGAGAAUGGUUAGCCCUGA